AUGGCGCUGAUCAAUGAGGAGAUCCAUCGGCAGGAGCCUGACGAACGGACAGGGCUCCUGCCGAAGAAGCGCAGCGACGAAGAUGAGGCACCCAGCCAGGAGGAAGGAGAACUCAUGGACAUCCUCCCCGAGGAUGAGACGCCGACUCGCAAGCUGAUAUUGCACGAAUUCUGGGUUUUGCUCAAAGGCUCUAUUCCAGUCAUCCUGGCAUACACGUUACAGAACUCGCUACAGACCGUGUCCAUCCUGAUUGUUGGCCGAGCAUCACCACAGGAUCUCUCGACGGCUGCUUUUUCGUACAUGUUCGCCAUGUGCUCGGGCUGGCUGAUCGGCAUGGGCGGGUCGACAGCCCUUGAUACCUUGGCGAGUUCAACGUUUACAGGGAGCAAGAACAAGCACGACCUAGGCAUCCUACUGCAGCGCGCCUUUGUCGUUCUGACACUGUUCUACAUUCCCGUUGCGAUCAUUUGGCUCUGCUCGGAACCCAUCUUCAAGGCGCUCGGUCAGAGUGAUCAACUGUCUCACGACAGCUCUAAGUUCUUGAGCUGCCUGAUCCCGGGCGGCCUAGGCUAUAUCUACUUCGAGACGAUGAAGAAAUACCUCCAGGCCCAGGAGAUCAUGCGGCCGGGUACAUACGUCCUGCUGAUCACAUCACCGAUCAGCGCAUUGCUCAACUACCUGUUCGUCUACAAGGCUGGUUGGGGCAUCCUCGGCGCACCUUUUGCCACGGGGAUUGGUUAUUGGCUUUCGUUCCUCGGGCUGGUGCUGUACGCCAAGUUUGUUGCGGGCGGCGAAUGCUGGGGUGGAUGGUCAAAGAGGUGUCUGCAGAAUCUCGGAGUGUUUGCCAAACUCGCUGCCCUCGGUUUCGUCCAUGUCGGCACGGAGUGGUGGGCUUUCGAGAUUGUCGCAUUGGCUGCUGGCCGACUGGGAGAGAUUCCACUGGCCUCACAGAGUGUGAUAAUGACGGCCGACCAAGUCAUGAACACCAUCCCUUUCGGCAUCGGCGUCGCUGCCAGUGCGCGGGUGGGCAACAUGCUGGGCUCGCGGAACGCAAAGGGCGCGUCACGGUCCGCGAAUACUGCUGCCUGGCUGAGUAUGAUCAUGGGCGCGUUGGUCCUUGCGGUCUUGAUGGGCACCAGGAACGUCUUCGCCAAGAUCUUCAACGACGACGAGCGGGUGGUGAAGCUCACAGCCCAUGUCCUACCCUACGUGGCACUGUUUCAAAUCGCCGACGGAUUGAAUGGCAGCUGCGGCGGAUCUCUACGAGGCAUGGGCCGACAGCAUAUCGGCGCCGCCGUCAACAUCGUCAGCUACUAUUGCGGCGCCCUACCGCUGGGCAUCUGGCUGGCUUUUCACGGCUGGGGCCUUCCCGGGCUGUGGGUCGGCCAGUGCAUUGCUUUGUAUCUAGUCGGGAUCGCCGAAUGGGCCAUCGUGGCAUUCAGCAACUGGGAGCACGAGGUCGACAAGGCAUUCUCCCGCAUGGACAAGGACGAAUUGGUGGAGAACGGGCAUGCUGGGGCGUCGGUGCCAGCGCCCGCCGGAAAUGGCCCACAAUGA